AUGGCAUUUUUAAAUCAAAAUUUAGGAAUGGCAGGGAGAAAUGGCGACGACUUUAACCGUUUGUAUGAGCGGCUGGUGGUGCAGCGAACAAGCAUACAAAGGCAAGCCAAGCGAGCGAUCCAUAAGGUAUCUACACGUGCACAUCCCGAGGCUGAAACGCAGCACAAAGCUUCCGUAGUAGCUCAUGAAUUUGAAAAGAUCAGACGUCAGCAGCAGCAAGAGCACGACGCAGAAGUGGCCUGUAGAAUGAAAAAUCUUCAUCUUGCCAGAAAUCUGCGUGGCGCUGCGCAAAGGAUAGAUUGUAGCCCCCACCACCUUGCGUUAGUUCUAAUUGACGCUACUGAGAAGAGUGAACGUCUGUUUCUGAAAAGGUAUCAAAAGACUAAAAGACGACGUACUAGACGACAGGAAGCACUAUAUUCGAAAAUGGACCGACGGAUACGACUAGAGAGAAUCGCAGCCAGGUAUAUUAUCAUUAUCGCUGCACCAGCCAACUUGGCUGACGUGAUGCCGAUGGGUGCUAUACCCUAUAUGUUAGGCUAUUCCUUCGGCGAAGUGAUGUUUUUGAAUCCCAAACAGCUACGACGAUAG